CAGGUUCUCGCUAUCGACCUUCUUAACCCCUCCCCCGCCCACGAGGCCAAGCAGCACAAGCUCAAGCAGCUUGUCCAGGGCCCCCGCUCCUUCUUCAUGGACGUCAAGUGCCCCGGAUGCUUCAACAUCACCACUGUCUUCUCCCACGCCCAGACCGUUGUCCUUUGCGGUUCGUGCGCCACUGUUCUCUGCCAGCCCACUGGUGGUAAGUGCCGCUUGACCGAGGGCUGCUCUUUCCGUCGCAAGCAGUAA